AUGUUUUUAAAUCCAUUUUUCCGACAACAUUUCGGUGGUCCACAAAUGGGCGGCGGUGUCGGUGGUCCAUUUCGUGCAGUUUAUCAAUGUUAUUCAGCUGCAUUUCUGCCUGAUCGUGAUCGUGAACGACUCAAUGUUGAAAAUGGUGGAAAGAUUUUACUUCCACAAGCUGCUUUAGAACAUCUGAUUGAACAAACUGGUGUUAUGUUAUUUAAAUUAAACAAUAAAAAAUAUGAUCGUAUUACGCAUUGUGGUGUUUUGGAAUUUUUACCAAAUGAUAAUACAACAUGUUAUUUACCCAAUUGGAUGAUGCAUCACUUAUUAUUACAAGAAGGCGAUGAAUUAUGUGUUGAAUCUGUUGCAUUGCCAACAGCUCGAUUCGUACGUUUUCAACCUCAAUCAAAAGAUUUUCUUGACAUUUCAAAUCCAAAGGCUGUUCUAGAAACAGCUUUACGGAAUUUUAAUUGUUUAUCAAAAGGAGAUCUUAUUGCAAUUAAUUAUCUCAAUCGAAAUUAUGAAUUACAUGUUGUGGAAUUGAAACCUGCUGAUGCUGUGUCGAUUAUUGAAUGUGAUAUGGAAGUUGAUUUUGCACCACCUAUUGAUUAUGUUGAACCAAAAUAUAUUCCAACAACGACUCAAAAUAUAGCAACAACACCUAAAACAACGACUGCAAUGGCAAUGACACCGGGUGAUCCUCUGUCAGGUAUAUCGAGCAGUUUUAAAAAUCCAUCGACUUUUAUGCCAUUUCAUGGACAAGGAAAUCGGUUAGAUGGAAAAAAUAAAUCUAAAGAUCAAGAACAACAGAAUAAUUUACAAAUUCAACAAACACGUGGAGUACCGAAUUAUGAUUAUGAAUAUGGUACAUUACAAUUUUUACGUCUACCAUUGCGUUCAAUUAACGAUGAAAAUACUAGUACAACAGAAAAACCAAGUGCCGCUGUAUUUCAACCGUUUUCAGGUGAAGGACAAUUUCUUAAAAAACCAAGAAAUCAACGACCAAAAUAG